AUGUUCGCGCACGCGGCGCUUCUCGACUCCGACGUCACGACGGCGAUUCGCAUAUUUCGCCAUAUUGGCGAUGUCGCCAUGGUGUACGCCCUCGAGCAGAUCGAGCACAUCGAGGAGAAGAAUCUGCUGUCGGCGCAAGUCGCCGUCAUUCUCGGACGAUACGACGAGGCCGAGAAUCUGUUUCUGUUGAGCUCGCAACCGAAUGAAGCGCUCAAUAUGCGUCGCGAUCUCCUCGAAUGGGACCACGCGCUGGUGCUCGCCGAGAAGAUGGACCUCUCGCAAAUACCGUACCUGUCGAAGGAAUACGCGCAGAAGCUCGAAUUGAUCGGCGACGACGCAAACGCGCUCCAAUACUACGAGAAGGGCGUGAUCGACGACGACGACGGCGGCGGCGUCGAGCAUCAGGAGCACAAUGAGAUCUGCCUUUCAGGCAUCGCGAGGAUGUCGAUCAAAACCGGCGAUUUGAGAAGAGGCAUCCAAUUGGCGAAGGAGCUUGAAGGAAGAGUUGUUAAACGUGAUUGCGCCCUAAUUCUUGAGCAAUUGAAGCAAUAUACCGAAGCUGCGCAAUUAUAUGAAAUUGGCUUGUUUUUUGAUAGAGCUGCCGCGGUGUGCCUCAAGGCGAAUGCAUGGGGAAAAGUCGGCGAGCUUCUCGACAAAGUCAAAUCGCCAAAAAUUCACAUCCAAUACGCGAAAAUAAUGGAGAAGGAGAGGAAAUUCAAACAAGCGGCGAUGUGCUACGAGCGCGGUCGCGACUACGACAACCUCGUGCGCGUGCUCCUCGAGCCGCUCAACAUGCCCGAAGAAGCGGUGCGUGUCGUGCGCGAAAGUCGCAGUAUCGAGGGCGCGAAACUCGUGGCGAAGUUCUUCUCGCGUCUCGGCGACCACAGUUCGGCAAUCCAGUUUCUCGUCAUGUCGCAAUGCUACCAAGAGGCGUUCGACGUCGCCGAGCGUUUCGACGCCGUCAGCGACUACGCGUCGGCCAUCGAGCAAUGGGGAAGCGGCGAGCAGGCCGUCGAGCUCGCCGAGCACUUCGCCGCCGCCGGCGAUCAUUUGAACGCGGCGCGGUUCCACAUCAAAGCGGCACGCUACGCGACCGCGAUGCGAUCGCUGAUGCAAAUCGCGAAUCGCGACGACGCGCUUCUCCUCGCCACCGAGUGCGCCAUCAAAUCCAACGAUCGCGAGCUGAUCGAUCGGCUCAUCGAGCUGCUGACGGGACACGCCGACGGCCAACCGCGAGACGCCGGCUACCUGUUUCGCCUCUACGUCGGCCUCGGAAUGGUGAAGGAGGCGUCGACGACGGCGGUGAUCGUCGCGAACGCCCAUCAGAAUCGCGGAGCGUAUCGUGUCGCUCGCGACGUCCUCUUCCAGAUGUACAUGAAGCUCGACGAGCGCAACAUGCGCGUCCCGCUUGAGAUGCACAACAGCCUCAUGCUCGUCCAUUCCUAUAUGAUUGUCAAGCCGCUGAUCGCGAGAAAGGAGACGUCGAUGGCGGCGAGAAUGCUGAUUCGCACCUACGUCGUCCAAAUUCUGACAAGCGCCGUCGUGAUUUGCACACAGGCGAAUCUUCGCAAAUCCGCGCACAAAUGGGCCACCGCUCUCAUGAAUCCCGAUUAUCGUCCGAAGAUCCAUCAGAAGUACAAGAAGAAGAUCGAGGACAUCGUGAGGAAGGGCAUCAACGACGACGAUGUUGGCGAACCGAAAUCGCCGUGUCCGUUUUGCGAGUAUUCGCUCGAAGAGUCCCAGUUGACAUGCCCAAAUUGCCGGAAUUCUCUUCCCUAUUGCGUGGUUACGGGCCGUCAUAUCGUUGUCGACGACUUUUGCCGAUGCUCAUAUUGCCAUAUGCCAGCGUACUUUUCGGAAUUCAAGAAACUUGCUUCGCUUGGCGAGAAAUGCCCGCUGUGCGGCGCCGAGCCGGGCGACACGAUUCCGUCGAACGCCAAAGAGUACAUCGAGAGCAUUUCGAUCGACCGUCCCUAA